AUGUAUCCGUCAUCUUCAAAGGCUCAGGCAACAAGUGCUGUAAAUAAUUUACUGGAAUCUAUUUUUCCAGGGGUUGGUAAGGUGACGAAUAAGAAGAAUAAUCGUAAAUUAAAGUCUAAUACGCAGUUAAUUGAUCGAAACUUGAGAAGGAGAGUAGAAAUAGAGGAGAGGGAUACUGAUAGGAUCAAGAAGAAGGCUAAGAAACAAUCGAAAGAUAAGUUACGGAAGGUUAAGCGAGCAACUGAAGAGUUAGUGCAGAAAGCGAAACUGGCUAACCUGAAAAAGCAUCAGCAGGAAGGUGAUCUUUCUGCCAAGGAGAAGAAGUAUCUGAAUUCACUUAUCAAACGUAAUAUCAGUAGGUUAAAAGGAUGGCAAGACGAGGAAGCAGCGGAGGACCUGUCUGAGCUUCAAGCGCAGGUGCUGGAGAUGAUGACUGGAGAUGAGAAGAACAGACGAGCCAAGAUGAGGAACCAAAAGAAGUUCAAAUUGAAGGAGAAGAAAGCACAGGCGAAUGUGGAUCAUAGAUAUCCAGGACUAACGCCAGGGCUAGCGCCAGUUGGUCUGAGUGACGAAGAGUCGUCUGAGGAGGUUUCCGACGAUGAGGAUUGA